AUGGCCUUUUCCAACCAGAGCUUCCAGUGGGGCUCGGGCUCGCACGCCCACCCUCCUGCUCCCAGCGUCAGUGGUUUAACCGUCAGGAGAACGGCUGUCCAGAAAUUUCAAGCCCCCAGUGUCUACGGGGGAGCAGGCGGCUACGGCACCCGCAUAUCCACCAGCAGCAGCUACGGACCAGGCUCGGGGGCAAAAUUCGGCAGCAGCUUCCAGCUGAACCUUGCUGGUAACGAUGAGCUGCUCACCGGUAACGAGAAGGCAACCAUGCAAAACCUCAACGACCGCCUGGCCUCGUACCUGGAGAAGGUGCGAGCCCUGGAAAAGGCCAACUCCCACAUCGAGAGGCAGAUCAAGGAGUACUACGAGAAGAACUCCUCCGUGCUGAGUCGUGACCAUAGCCCGUACUUCCAAAUCAUCGAAGAGCUCCGAAAUAAGAUUGGUGUUGCACAGAUGGAAAAUGCGAGGCUGGUCCUGCAGAUUGACAAUGCCAAACUGGCUGCUGACGAUUUUAGAAUUAAGUUUGAGAACGAGCACUUGCUCUUGCAGAGUGUACAGAGCGACAUUAAUGGACUGCUCCGAGUCCGCGACGACUUGACCUUGACAAAAUCUGACCUGGAGUCACAGAUUGAAAGUGUGAAUGAAGAAAUAAUGUUUCUUAAGAAAAGCCACGAGGAGGAAGUUCACAGCCUGCAAAAGCAGGUGGGUGGUUCCGUUAACGUCGAGGUGGACGCUGCUCCGAGUAUCAAUCUUGCCACUAUUAUGGAAAAUAUGAGACGGCAAUAUGAAGAAAUGGCAGAGAAGAACCGCGAAGAAGCCAAGGAACGGUUUGAAAAGCAGACAGAAGAACUGAACCAGGAAGUCGCGAUCAAUAUCGAGCAGCUGCAAAGCCAAAGGACAGAGAUCACCGAACGGAGACAGAUCUUCCAGGGCCUGGAGAUAGAACUGCAAUCCCAGCUUAACAUGAAAAAGGCUCUAGAAGACACCCUGGCGGAAACGGAGGCCCGCUACAGCCAGCAGCUAGCUCAAAUUCAGGCCCUGAUCGCCAGCCUGGAGGCUCAGCUGCGGCAAAUCCGCGCGGACAUGGCAGCUCAGUGCGACGAGUACGCGGCGCUGCUGGACAUCAAGACGCGCCUGGAGAUGGAGAUCGCCACGUACCGUCGCCUGCUGGAAGGGGAGGACAGCGGGCAUUUCCAAAUGGAUAUAGCUACAGAAGAGACUGAAAAAGAAUCAAGUAAAAUUAAGAAGAUCAAGACAAUUGUUGAGGAGGUGGUGGACGGCAAGGUGGUCUCCUCGGAGGUCAGGGAGAUCGAGGAGAAGAUCUAA